AUGGACCCAUCCCAUCAUGAACUCGAUGCCUCAGAAGCCGCUGGUUCGGUUGCAGAGGCAUUCUUCCGCAAUGCCAGCGCUCCAAGAGUAGACACAGACGCCGUCAUCCUCAACAUCAUUCAGAACAAACAUCCAGGUGUACCUGUCACUACUGUUCCCGAGGGGAAUUGCAAUCUCAAAGCCUAUGCGGCGGCGGGAUAUGCAUCAAUCGAGACUGCUGAGCCACAGCACCAAUCGGGCUCCAACGUUUAUCCUGACACUCUGAAAUGGACACUUUAUAUCCCACCCCAGAAACGACUUGAUGGCGGCAAUGGUAUCGUUGCCGACGAAGUUUUCUUCGAAUCCUACAUUUACAAGUGGCAAAACAUGGCGUUCCUCGUCUACUUCGUCGACGGCCGGGAUGGGGCAUUCUUGGGCUCGCAAAUUCGCAAUCAAUAUAUACUAGGCAACAAGGCAGCGGUACGCACGCUCGUGGCAACAGCUGGCCGGUACCAAUCAAUCCUCCAUGACGAGAUCUGGGUUUUCAACCAAGGCUUCUGGCGGAAAGACCCGCUCCUAUACCGCAGCAUCAUGAAAUCUCACUGGGAAGACGUCAUCCUCGACCAGGAAAUGAAAGACGACUUGAUUGAAACGGCACAACGCUUUUUCGACAGCCGCGACCAAUAUGACCGCCUCCGCGUCCCAUGGAAACGGGGCAUCAUCUUCCACGGACCGCCCGGCAAUGGCAAGACCAUCUCCAUCAAAGCCACCAUGCACAUGCUGUAUAACCGCACCCCUCCCAUCCCGACCCUCUACGUUCAGACUCUUGUGAGUUUUGUGCCGCCCGAAUUCAGCAUCGAGACCAUUUUUACCAAAGCCCGCCAAGAAGCGCCCUGCUACCUCGUCUUUGAGGACCUCGAUAGCCUUGUGACCGACCAAACGCGCAGCUUUUUUUUGAAUGCUGUCGACGGCCUGAGCGAGAACGAAGGCAUUCUCAUGGUCGGCAGCACGAAUCAUCUCGAGAGACUGGAUCCAGGUAUCGCGAAGCGUCCGUCGCGUUUUGAUCGCAAGUAUUUGUUCCCGAAUCCGAAUUUUGACCAGCGCGUGAAGUAUUGUCAGUACUGGCAAAGGAAGCUGAAGGAUAAUAAGGGGAUUGAGUUCCCCAAUGAGAUAUGUGAGGCCGCGGCGAAGAUCACAGAUCAGUUCUCCUUCGCGUAUAUUCAGGAGGCGUUUGUGAGUGCAUUGUUGACUAUUGCGAGGGAGAAUAAGGAUGACAACAUGAAUGGCAACGGCAACGGCAACGACUAUGGUGGGCAACAUGAGGAAAGAGUUAAAGAAAAGGAAACAAUGACAGAGGACGAGGUGAAUGAGAUGGAUCAGGUAGAUGAGGGGCAAGAGUUGCAGAACGAGUGGGAUGUGUUAGACAUCACAGACGAGUGUUCUGCAAGAAGCACUGGCAUGAGUAAGGACAAGGACAAGGACAAGGAAAUGGAAAUGGAGAAGGACAAAGAUUUGGAUGAUUAUAUCCUCUGGCGAAAAUUGAAAUAUCAGGUUGAGCUGUUGAGGAAGGAGUUGUCAAAGGGGAGAGGUGUGAGCUUGGACGGGAACAUUUGUGUCUCAUAA